UAGAUAACCGCAUUAAAAGCAGGCAGUGUCACUUCAGCUAAGACAGCCACGACCUUACCAUGUUCUGACAGGUGGGGGAAACGGUGCAGGAUGACGAUGGCGAAACAUGACACCAUCAGGAAGAUGUACACGGCCAGAACUGUGUCAGCUGCUGGACGGACUCAAUGGUUUUGGUGAAACACUACGAGAGGAGAUCUGUGAUUCUGUGAUCUGAGGCGAGCUGCUGCGUUCACAGUGUUGAUUUGUUCUUCAGUCUCUGUGUGGUGAAAAUCUAAUGAUGGUGGCCAGAAGUCUCAACGUGAACUCUGACCCGGCCGAGUCACGACCUCCUGCCCGACGCCGGAGUCUCUUCAACAACAUCAAGUUCUUUGUGUUGUGCCACAGUUUGCUGCAGCUGGCGCAGCUGUUGGUGUCGGGCUACAUGAAAAGUUCCAUCUCCACCAUCGAGCGACGCUACGGCCUCUCCAGUCAGAAGUCUGGACUCCUGGCUGCCUUUAAUGAGGUGGGAAACACCGUCCUCAUCGUCUUCGUGAGUUUCUUCGGGAGUCGAGUCCACCGGCCGCGCUUCAUUGGAUGCGGAGCUCUGCUCGCCUGCCUGGCCUCGCUGCUGAUGGCGAUGCCGCACUUCCUGAGCGGAGCGUACGACUACACCGACCGCAUCAGCUCCCCCAGUGAUAACAGCUCUGGCCUCUGCCAAUCAGAGAGCACUCUCGUCACCUCAUCCUCCAAUCAGAGCUGCAGCCUGCAGGAGAGCCCCGCCCAGCGGGUGGUGUACCCUCUUCUGCUGCUGGGUCAGCUGCUGCUGGGUAUCGGAGCCGUCCCCAUCCAGCCGUUCGGCAUCUCCUACAUCGACGACUACGCCAGCAAGAAGAACUCACCGCUCUACCUCGGCAUCCUUCUGGCCGUGACCUCCAUCGGCCCGGCCUUCGGCUUCAUCACCGGCUCCCUCAUGCUGCGCUUUUAUGUCGACUUUGACAAGAUCUCCAAAGAUGAGAUCGAGUUGACCCCUAAGGACCUGCGCUGGGUCGGAGCCUGGUGGCUCGGCUUCCUGGUGGCGUCCUGCCUCCUCUUCCUCGCUGCGCUGCCGUACCUCUUCUUCCCCAGAGACAUGCCCAAAGAGGACGGUGCAGACGAUGUGGAGUGCAGACCGGACUGUAAGCAGCAGCAGCAGCAGCAGCAGCAGCAGACAGACCAGGAAGCAUCUCUACUGAAGUUCCUCAAAAGUUUUCCUCGCAUCGCUCUGCGAACGCUGCGGAGCCCCAUCUACCUGCUGGUGGUUCUGGCCCAGGUCAACCUGGCGGCGCUGCUGGCCGGACUCGCCACCUUUAUGGCCAAGUUCAUUGAGAGACAGUUCAGCCAGACCGUCUCCUUCUCCACCAUGAUGAUAGGAGGAGUUUGUAUCCCUCUGGCAGUGCUGGGCACCGUCCUGGGUGGAGUCCUGAUGAGGAGGUUGAACCUUUCAGUCAGCGGUGCCAGCAAGUUGUGCACCGCCGCCAUCCUGAUCUGCGUGUUCUCCGCCACGCCGCUGCUGCUCAUCGGCUGCCCAACACAGAGGGUCGCUGGAGUGUUUCCUCCGAGCUCAGAUGGGUUGUCGUGCAGCGCUGGCUGUCGGUGUCCUCAGGAAGCCUUUAACCCGGUCUGUGGAUCAGACGGGGUGGAGUUCAGGUCUCCCUGUCACGCCGGCUGUAGCUCCAUGGAGACAGACUCCAGCAACAAAGCCACAAACUACACUGAGUGUCGGUGUGUCGGCGGACUCGGCUUCGCUCUUCCUGGAACCUGCGGCAGCGGAUGUUCCCACCUGCUGUUCCCCUUCAUGGCUCUGCUCGGUGUCACCAGCUUCAUCGCCUCCUUCUCACAGACGCCCUCCUACAUGAUGAUUCUCAGGACGGUGCCGGCGGAGGACAAGUCGUUUGCGGUGGGAGUUCAGUACAUGCUGUUCAGAGUGCUCGCGUUCAUGCCCGGCCCGGUGUUGUACGGCAGCGUCAUCGACACCACCUGCAUCCUGUGGGGUAAAAAGUGCGGCAAACAUACUUCCUGUCUGUACUACAACCUGGACCGCUUCAGACAGAGGUUCCUGGGUGUGCAGGUGGUGUUUGUGUGCGGCGGUCUGCUCUGCUUCCUGCUGACCAUCGUGGUCCUGCGCAGGAGGGCCCGACUUCAGGAGCCACAGCCGGAAAGCAAAGGCGGGUACGAGCUGGUGAACGGAGAGAAAACACCAGAGAGCGUUUCGUCCAAAGAAAAAGAAGUGAAGGGCAUCAAGACCUGAAGAAACACCAGAGAGGACGAAGGGAAAGAAAGACAAAGAGGGGCUGAAAGAGGAGAAUAAAGACGAGGAGGAGAUCAGAAAGAUCGUUUGAAAGCUGAAACCAAAGCUGUGAGUCAAGUGUUUCUCCUUCCUCCCAUGUAAAGGACCAGUCCGCCUGCAUAACCAGGCCAAGAUACUCUGUGAUGUUUUAUAUUUUUGUACAUCUAAUACUCAACACAUAAUCUGCAUAUAUUUUCUAGUGGUGGAAGAAGUGUUUUCUACUCGUCUGAAAGGAGAAACAACAUAUGUGCUCAAAGUACCAAAACAAAAGUCACUCUUUGUGCCGAGUGGCCCACUGAAAACAACACGCGAUGAUUUAUUGGAUUAUAGUUACUGAUCCAUUAAUGUGUUCACUUUCAAUCACAGCUAGUAAAAAUGGAGCUCUUUACCUUUUUUCUAUGAGACUAUGAUAUUAAUCACAACAGAUGAGAGCAGCCAGACUCCAGAGCAAUUUUACAAUUUUAUUCACUUCCCCAAAGAGCGAAGGACGGAAAGAGAAGAGAUCUGUGGCUUUAAGUCGAGUGUCAUCACAGGUGAGUUGAUGAUGUCACUGAGAAAAUGACGUGUGAGCCGAUUGUGUCUGCAGGUGAAGUGAAUCAGAAAAGAGCCGCUGUAAAGUUGUAACAACAGUUUUUAAUGUGAAAACAAAAGAUUGGGCUGUAAAACGCAUGUUUUUCAAAUGGAGUUUGGUUCAUCAGUCUGUUUUAUUGUUAGUAACUGAGUUAUGUUAUAAACUGAGCUGAGCUGCCUUCACAAAAACACUGAAAAACUCCAUAUCGGCAACACUGAGUCGUCAGAAUUUGGAUUCACCAUCUCUCAGAUUAGACAGGCUGUUUUUACCCAGGAAGGGGCGGGGCAUGGCGAGGCAUGGUGGGGCAUGGCGAGGCAUGGCGAGGCAUGGCGAGGCAUGGUGGGGCAUGGCGUGGAGCGAUGGAUGAGCUGCUCUCACCUAUAAUCAUCAUCGUCUGUUGAUUUCACUUUGUGUUACUCUGAAUGAUCACGCAGGUCGUAACUGAGCGCUGAAGAAAGAUGUAGUGAGUAGAAUUAUAGAAAGUACAAAUACCUCAAAACUGUACAGGACUUGAGUUAAUGUACUUAGUUACUUUCCACCACUACAUGUUUCCAUGGGGGUUACUGGUGUUUGUACAUAAGCUAAUCAAUAAACUGUGACAUUUAUGAACAUACAUUCUGUUUUUACACGACACAGUGAACCCGAACAAACAAACGCCUCCAACUUAUGUGUUUAAUAAGCUGCUGAGAAACUUUUCCUCUGUGAAUGAUCUGUGAAUGCAAGUUAUUAUCAGAAAUUGGUUGCAUGGAUGAGCAGGAGGCUUUGAAGCCAGUUUGCAUGUGACUUAAACUGUGUAAUUACAUGCUCACGUGACUGCGGCCCAACAAGACGAUUUUCCACAAGCUAACAUUGUGAAAGAAGCAUCUCUAAAACAGUGGACACAUUUCUGAGAGUCACAACCGCCAGACGUGACUCGAUUCCUGUCAGGAUUUGAGCCAUUCGGUCCGAUAACAUUUAGAAAGUCUAGAGGAGCCACGUCGUUAAAUUAUUUUAAUCCCAUUCGAGUUAGCUGGGCGCUAAACCAGAAGUUAGCUCGGUCAGUGAGCAAGUUACAUUAAAGCUGCGUCCAGGUUUAAUUCAACGUGCUUGGUUGUGUCGUCCACCAUUUCUUGUCUCGUCUCAGCCGUCAGCUGUUGAACAAAGGUGUGAAAAUGUUCCUGACAUAAACUGUAAAACAUCUCAAAGAGCUGAAACACCAAAACAUUCCUGUCUUUGUUCAUCGAUGAGUGAAAACACACUUCACUCUUCACACUGUGGAAGAUGUUUAAUAGAUGUGUUGACAUCCUGACAGCGACUGUUGGAAGAAUUUAAAUACUAAAUCUCUUAAUGUUUUGUUACGUGUUUAUCAAGCCGACAGAUGCUGUGAUCAGUCAUCAGACUCCUGAUCAGCUGUCUUUGUUUUUUAAUAUUGCUGAGUUCAUGUCUUUAUAUACAUGCAUUGAAAACAGAGCUUUUAUUUUGAAAAAAAACAAUCAUAUAUAUUUUGUAAGAAAAGAACAUUUAUAAAAAUAAUUUUUAGUUAUUGGGACUUUUGUCACACUGAUGAUCUGCAGCACAUUUUUAAAAACAUCACAAAGAAAUUAACUUUGGACUAAAUGAGUUCAGUUCUGCUGAUCCGGACCUGCAGCGACAGACGGGACCGUCAGUCAGAACCUUUUUUAUAAACAUGCUUCAUCUUUUAUUGACAUUCAUAAAAUGACAUGUUGGCGUUUCACUCACUGUAAACUGUAAAAGUUGACUGAGUGAUCAGUCGUCUUUACUCGAUGUUUAUGAGGUGAGAUCACUUUGUGUUGUUUUCCUUCCUUUUGUCUCCUCUAGUUUAGUUUCCUUCUCAUUUCCUCAUUAAAAUCGAUGGUGUGUUUUUCAGUUUUGUAUCUUUCGAAAAGUUCAGUCCUGAAACUCUGACAGACAAAGAAAUGACAGAUGAUAUCGCGGCUGAUUGAAAGUGUGUUUCUGUACAAACCUCGUGUUAGUCUAGUUAGCCAACAAGCUAAUUACUUUAGCAUGGUUUCCUGUGAUGUGUUCUGGUUCUCCUGCUCCUGGUUCGGAGGUGAAGCUCAUUAUUGAGGUCGUUCUGAAUGUUUAUGAAUCUUAAACUGAGCCGAGAAACGUGAAGCCAGUCUGAUUGAACUGUAAUAAACCUGAAUAAACACACGUUUGGUUUCUGCUG